AAUAAAAAUCUGGAAGUGUGUUGUGCGCGGCAGGAGUUGUCCACAUGUGGAUGAAAGGAAAACACGUAGUUGGGCCUGAAUUUCAGCUGAACAGCUAACGAUGAAGAAAGAAAUAGCAGCAGUGGUUUUUUUCCUGAAGCGGUUGAUAAAGAAGGCGGAGAAAUUGGAUGUGGAAAAGGUGGACCUGUUUGUGGAGCGUUUAACGGUAGCAUUACAGGAGAAGUACAAGGGUCAUUGGUAUCCAGACAACCCCAGCAAGGGCCAAGCAUUCAGGUGCAUCAGAGUGAACCGCUUUCAUAAAGAGGAUGCUGAAUUGCUCAGAGCUUGUGCUGAGAGUGGAGUGCAGUACAAGGACCUCAGUCUGCCUAAGGAGCUCACACUGUGGGUCGACCCUGGAGAGGUGUGCUGUAGGUAUGGCGAGAGGAAUCAUGGUUUUACUGUAGCCACCUUCUCAAGUGGUGAUGAUGAUGAUGAUGAUAAAGAGGAUGUGACAAAGAAAGUGACAAGCGCUGUGGAGAGGGUCACGUCAGAUUACCACUCCGGAUCCUCCUCGGAUGAGGACACGAGCUGUAGAGAGGCCCAAUACACCCCACCUCUCCACAACUACACUCCAUACCAGCUUGUAUAUGCCAGUCCCCCAGUAUGGCAUCCUGUGCCAAGGAAGAAGUUUGGCCCGGGGAAAGGGCAUUACUUUCAGCGGCCACACUACAUGAUCCGCCCCCCUUGCAGACCCAGCCAUUCCUUUAAACCGCACAGCUGGGUCCAGCAGGGGUACCGCAGCAAGCAUGGCUACUGGGGCAGCACUUCAAACCUAGUACACCAGCUUCAGUGACCACUGUU